AGUUGUUUUGCAGGUUAAGUGAUAAUCAGUCAUAGAUAAACAGUGACUUCUCUGAUGGCCGUUCAAGGUGCUUCUUCCUCUUCCCUUUCUUCUUCUACUCGUUGGUGGAUUUAUGAUGUAUUCUUGAGUUUUAGGGGCGAAGAUACUCGUCAAAAUUUCACUGCCCAUCUCCAUCAAGCUUUGGAUCGAAAGAAAAUACACACAUACACAGAUUACAAGCUUCCAAGAGGUGAGGAAAUCUCAGAAGAACUUCUUAAAGCUAUUGAAAGCUCAAGGAUCUCAAUUGUCAUCUUCUCAAAAAACUACGCAUCAUCCACAUGGUGUUUGGAUGAGUUGAUGAAGAUCCUAGAGUGUAAAAAAACAAAGCAACAAAAGGUUCUACCAGUAUUUUACGAUGUAGAGCCAACAGAAGUACGACAUCAGAGAGAGGUGUUCGGAAAAGCAUUAGCUAAACUUAAAGAAAGGUUCGAGGAUGAGUCGAAGGUGAAGAGAUGGAAAGCAACCCUGACAGAAGUCGCCAGUUUGUCUGGAUUCACUUUAGGAGAUAGGACUGAACCAGAACUGAUUCAAGAAAUUGUUCGAGACGUUUCUAAAGCAGUAAAGCCUAAAUAUUUAAAUGACGUUGCCAAGCAUCUAGUCGGAAUGGAGUUUAGAGUACGUGCCGUCCAUGAUAUACUUCUACGUGUGGAAGUGAAUGAUACACGCAUUCUAGGGAUCUAUGGAAUUGGAGGAGUUGGUAAGACAACUCUGGCUAAAGAAAUCUACAACACAUUUACCGACCAGUUUGAAGAUUGUUGCUUUCUUGCAGACGUGAGAGAAACAUCAAAGCGUGGGUUUGGUUUAAUUAAAUUGCAAGAGACACUUCUUUGUGAGAUCUUGGGAGAUUCAAGUUUGAAGGUUGGAAAUGUUGAUGAAGGAAUUGGUCUCAUAAAACAGAUGCUUUGGAACAAAAGGGUUCUUUUAGUUCUUGAUGAUUUGGAUCAGUCCGUCAAAAUUGAAACCUUACUUGGAGGAUGGGAUUGGUUUGGUUUAGGAAGUAUAAUCAUUAUAACAACUAGAGAUGAACAUUUAUUAACUACUUAUGAUGUUCAUUUACGAUAUAAGCUGAAUGAAUUGGGUCACGACGAAGCUCUUCAGCUUUUUUGUUGGAAUGCCUUCAGAAAUGAAAAUCCUAGCCAUGAAUUUGUAGAAAUCACAGAACAGGUACUGCGUUAUGUUCGGGGCCUUCCUUUGGCUUUAAUGGUGGUAGGCUCGGAUCUAUUUGGUAGGGACAUUCAUUAUUGGAGAAGUGCUUUAGAAAAGUACAAAAAAAUUCCUCCCAAAGAUAUUCUUGAAACGCUUAGAAUAAGUUAUGAUGACUUGGAUGAAAGUGAGAAAAGUAUUUUCUUGGAUAUUGCAUGUUUCUUUACCGGCGAGGAAGAAGAAUAUGUUACUAAAGUACUUGAUGCUUGUGGUUUCUUUCCUAACUGCGGUAUCAAAGUACUAUUGGAUAAGUCUCUCAUAACCAUUAGUAAGUAUGGCAGAUUAAUCUUCAUGCAUGACUUACUCAAAGAUAUGGGUAGAGAAAUUGUUCGUCAAGAAUCACCUGAAGAACCCGAAAAACGUAGUAGGUUGUGGUCUCCUGAAGACGUUCGUCAUGUACUUGAAGAAACUAAGGGAACAAACAAGAUUCAAGGCAUAUUGAUAGAGUUUCCAAAACAAGACUGGAUAGAUUUGAAUCCUGAAACUUUCUCGGCGAUGAAAAGGCUCAGGAUAUUUAUAAAUCGUAAUACACGUUUAUCAAGAGAGCCUAAUUAUCUCUCAAAUGAGUUAAGAAUACUUGAUUGUCGCAGUUAUCCUGGUUAUUCUUUCCCGCAAAACUUUAAUGGAGAGAAACUCGUCGUUUUAAAAAUGUAUGAAAGCUUGUUCAAAGAAUUGGGAGACGGAUUGAAGAAUUUUCAGAAUUUGAAAACUAUGAAAUUCUCUGAAUGUGAAUUCCUAACAAAGAUUCCUGAUGUCUCGGGACUCCAUACUUUAGAGAGAUUGGAAAUUCAGGAUUGCAAUAACUUAGUUGAGUUACAUCAAUCUAUUGGCUUCCUUGAUAAACUCGUCGAAUUGAAAAUUAAAAAUUGCGAGAGCCUUACUAGAUUUCCAAGCUUCCUCAAGUUGAGAUCUCUAGAAAUGUUUAUUCUUUCUAAUUGCGAAAGGCUGGAGAAGUUUCCUGAAAUUGAUAGUGAAAUGAAAUGUUUAACAACUGUUGAAGCCAUGACACACACGACUGCUAUAAAAGAAUUGCCUUCAUUUAUUGGGAAUAUUACCAGCCUUAGGCGUUUAAUUAUAGGCGGAUGCUACAACUUAAGCCAUGUUCUCAUUAACAACAUUUCUCAGUUGCAAUAUCUAAAGCAACUCAAUUUCGUGUGUUGGUCACUUGAAACGCAAAUAUGUAUCCUUCCUAAGUGGCUCAAAAGAUUUGUUGGAUUAAGGAAGCUUGGGUUGUAUAAUUGCAUACAACUUAAGGAAAUCUCAGAACUUCCUCCAAAUAUAAAAAUCCUAGACGCUAGUGGAUGCAGGUCAUUGGAGAUUUUUCCUGAGGUAUCAAAGAAGUUUGAAUUCAAUACAAGCAGCUGUCGUAAGCUACGUUCGGUUAACUUGAGUGGAUGCCAUAAAAUAGUUGUAAAUCCUAUACGGUUUAAGGAAUAUGUAGAGGACCUGGAUGAAGAUUGUAGGCUUACAUUUUCGGGAAAUAAUAUUCCAGAUUGGGACUACCAUUGCAAGCUAGAGAUUCCAAAUAGUUAUGUAUGUGAUGGGAUAAAUGUUAAUUUGGUGUAUUCAGAUGAGAUUGAAGGAUUCAUUGCAUGUGCUGCUGUUCAGUCCGAUCCCUCCGCCUACCAUUAUAUGUUAGUCAAGAUAUACUAUAAUGGUGUAUAUCAGUAUGAACGGUAUAUAACAUGUUUGAUAAGGGGCUCAGAUGAUUUAUUGUUGUAUUACCACAAACUAGAUCAUGUAGAGUGUUUCAAAUCAGUGGGGGGAAUGCUGCAACUUAAGUUUGUUUGCCUAACCGGUGGGGUCCUAAUUAGAAGUUUUGGAAUCUGUGUGGUACGCAAGCAAAAGGAGAUCAAUACAUUGCAAGAUGUUGCAAGUUGGAGUCCCUGUGUUAACAUCCAGCCUUCUUCAGAAACACAAAUUAUUGAAUUAUAUCCAGAAAGCAGCGAUGAGAAUCCAAAUGUAGAGAAGCAUGAAGAGAAUGCAAGAGUGUUCCACGAAGAUGUUGGUGCUCAUUUUGGUAAGAUGCGUCGUUAUGAAGAUGAUGAUUGCAACCAGGAAUUCAAUUCGUACCCUCAACAAAAGAGGCAACAUUCCUCAACCACGGGCAUCAAAAUAACAGAAUUAGAGAAUGAAGUUGAGAAUCCAAAAGAAGAUUUGCAUUUAGAGCUUAAACUUGGGUGGUAA